AUGCUGGAGGUUCGCAUCCCAUCGGCGGGGCCUGAGGCCCCGGGUCCCAGGCAGAGCGCCGAGAAAGGUCGCAUGGUGUUCCAAGUGCAGGUGCGGUGCGGCGGGCGCAGACACACGCUGCCCAGGCGCUACAGUGAGUUCCACGCUCUGCACAAGCGGAUCAAGAAACGAUACCAAGUGCCUGACUUUCCCUACAAACGCCUGCCCGGCUGGAGGACCCGAGGACUGGAGCAGCAGCGGCUGGGGCUGGAGGCGUACAUCCAGGGCAUCCUGUACAUGAACCAGGAAGCACCUAAGGAGCUUCUGGAAUUCCUGCGUCUUCAGCACCUCCCCGCAGAUUCCAAGACCAGCAACUGGAACUCACAGCUGAACCAUCGGCCUGUUAUCGGCUUCUGCCAGGAUCCCUUUAUCUGUCCCCCUUCCUCAGAGCUGCUGCCCAACAUGGUGGAGCAGGGUGUUCUCCAGGGUCUCUACAGCUUGAGCAACAACCUACCAGAGGCACACAGCCAUCGACCCCCUCGGGGACAAGACAUCUGCCGGAACAGUCCUAUGAUUCAUUCGAACCUAGGAGCUUCAGACAAGGAAAUGGUUCCUUCUAGGCCUGGAACUGGGAUUUAG